AUGAGUGCCGCAAACAAACAAAACAGCACAACAGACGCAGACAAGACCGAAUUCCGCAAAAGUAACAGUUACAGUUCGACGAGCUGCUUCAGCGAUGACACCGAAUUGCGCGACGUGCCGAAACCCGUAGCUGCUGUUUCAAAGAAAAAUCUGAAAAAUUUCAAAGCGACGCAAUAUUUGGAGCUAAAAAUCGACGAAGGCAAGAUGGAAAACGGAAAUAACGGGACUUUGAUACGAAAAGAGCGCCCAAGGCGUUUUCAUCAAAAAUCCAGCCAAAAUCGGAAUAAAUCGCCUUCGGUUUCGGAAAAAACUUUUGAUAGUAACACGACUUGCACGAGUAAAUGGUCGAGUUCGGAGGAAGAAGAUGACGAGGAAUUGUCCGGGUAUGGCGAUGUUUCGUACACGAAUUCAAAGUCCGGAAGCAUCAAUGGGUCUGUGAAUAGCGGCAGCGAAAGACGAAGUCGUGCGAGGAGGAAAACGAAGAAAAAUGUUGAUGAUGAAGAAGAAGACGGCUCUACAUGCGGCGACGAAGACUUCCAUUGGGUAAAAACCGAACCGCCAUCCGAACAACGUACCGUAUCUCCAUCUUCCAACUCAAAUACUGCAAGCGUUUCGAACGGAAUGCCUCCUCGUCCUCCGGGAAGCCUCGAUCGUCGUCGCCAAAACCCAAAAAAUCGCAAAGAUCGCGACGCCAAAAGUCGCAGUUCGCAUUCGUUGCGCGAAAAGAAACGAAAUGAGCAUUUAAUGCAUCAGCAACAUCAACAAUCGCCCGGAUUUCAUCACUCGAACGAUUUUUUGCACCAAUUUGGCGGAUCGCAAUUCAUGUUGCACGAACAUCCGUCGAUGCCGUGUCUCGUAAAUAGCAACGGGAUAAUGGGAUGUUCGUGGCCCAGUAGGGAAAAUUUGAUGCAAAAAAGCGCAGAAUUUCGCAGUACGCAGGAUUUGAUGCAACAAACGGCUUCGCAGCAACAACAAUGUUGCAAUCGAUAUCCGUUUUUGUCGCCGGCAGCUGCUGCGAUGUAUUGCCAUUGCAAUUAUCCGUUCAAUUCGACGUCGACCUUGACUUUGCCGCAUAUGAUGUGUCAAAGUGUGUGCGGGUCGCAGCAACAAAUCAAUAAGGUUUGCCUGAAAAAUGCCUGA